AUGUCUGGAACGUCAGUAGUAUUUCUUCUCUCCAGACUCACCGCUCAGAGGAGCAUUGAGGAUGCUGAAGAAGUGGAGCGGGAACGUCGCCGAAAGGCUCGGGAGUCUUUUCGCCGACGGAACAGCGGCUCAACACCGGAAGACUCGUCACCAGAGAGCGAGGCGCCAGAGGAGAGGCACACGUAUGAUCGUGAACUGAAACCCAGCAGUUCCCCUUCUCUUGAGGAGGAUGAGGGUUUUAGUGACUGGACUCAGCGCAGAGAAAAACAAAGACAACAGCGACUGCAGGAGCUCAKUCAGGAUGGAGAAGAAGAAGAAGAAAAUGUCUUUAUGAAGAACAAUGUAGCCAAAAAGGCUGCUCACGCUGCUUCGAYGCCAUUCAGUCSAGUUCAAAGACAAGAUCAGGAAGAUGCUGACAGCAUCAGGAUGGAGGCAGAGAUAAGGAACGAUUACGAGGAAGASGUCAGGAGAGUGAAGGAGAGGGARGGAAUGAAGAAGAACAAACUGCUGCUUUCCACAAAACAAGAGACUCAAAGGCCAAAUAUAGAGGAAGCGAAAAAGAAAGAACUUAAAGUAUCCUACACGUCCAAGGUUUUCCUGUGUCAGAAGCCAAAACACAACAGCCAAAAGAGUGGCCCAGCUGGCCAGGAAGUGACAUCUGUCAUGAACCAGAGGAGCAGAUCCAGCAGACAAUCUGUGGAGUCAGAGGAGGCGAAGCCCUUUCUGGAGGCCGAGCAGAGACUGGAGAGGAUCCGCCAGAGCCUGCAGGAGAAGGAGAGUCAGGAGCUGGAGCAAAUCAGACACAGGCAGUUUGAGGCCGAGCAGGAGUUGGAAGAGCUGAAGAGGAGACGGGAGGAGAGACGGCGAGCUCGUGAGGAAGAGGAACGCCAGAGGGAGGAGGAGGAGAAGCAGCAGCUGGYUGCUGAGGAGGAGGAAAGAAAAAAGAUGAGGGAAGACAUGGAGAGGAGGAGGAUGGAAGCUGCAGAAAGGAUGAAGAGCCUCAGUACGUCCAGUGCAGAAGGAGAAGAGGCGUUCAGUCCCAAAGUUUCAACACACAAGAUCACAGAGAGAACCAACUCCCUGAACCGCUCGCUAAAGAAAAGGCAGACCCUUAACCCAGAGUGGAUGGUCCACCGUGGGGAGACUCCUUUGGGAUUCCCUGACUGUCAGUUGGAUGUGAGGUCUGGAGGCGUGCUGCAGAAGAAGAACAUGUGGGAAAUACUUGGAGACCCAUCAGGGGGGACCGAACCAAAAGCAAAGCCAACACCACAUGGGAAAAAACAUACAUUUAUUGUCACUGGUCAUGGAAAAUAUGAGAAGAUCUCUGUAGAUGAAUGUGGAGACCUCAGCCAAAGCACCGGUUUGUGUUACAGUGAUUGCUGAGGAAGCAUUUCCUCUUCUGUUGCCUUAGUGAUCUCGCAACACCUUAAAUGCUGAUGCAGGAACUCUGCAACCGGAAAGUCUCUAUUUUUUCUGACCAUCUCUAGAGGAAAUGCACAUACAGCUCCAAAUUCAGGYCCAAAAAUAUAUAUACCCUUGGCAGAUUUAGGCUAAGUAAUUUAUUUUUUAUUUUUUUAUUUCAUUAAAAUCCUGGUAUGUUAAAAAUUCAAACCUUUCUGAAUAAGCAAUCUUUAUUCGCAAUCACACCUAACCUUAAAUUGAUUACUAUCUUUUCACAUCUUUCCACUGAUUUGUUGCUGAUAUAUUCUCCAAGUCUUUAAGCUUGGAYGCCCUCCAUCAUCUGAAGCUCCGCCCAGAGAGUCUCAAUCAUAUUCAUGUUGRUAUGCUUGCUGCAGCCUACAAAAACAUUAAUGCUUCCAGUCAGGAGAAAGACUUUCAGAAAUCUGUCAGGGGUAUGAAUGAUUUUGGACUCAAUCGUACAUGUUAAAAAUUAAAGCCCACACAAACAUGUGAUGGUCAUAGUUGUGUGAUCCUCUUUACAUCUCCCUGUUUUCUGUUUUYACCAUUAUGAGCCUAUCUUAAUGUAAGUUAAUUUUCAGUAUUCAUCUGUUCAAGAAGAUCAUUUGUAAAACGUUUUCUGUUUGAAUCAUCUUGAGUAAAUGGAUCACAUCAAUGUUUGACCUGUUCAGCACUUUUUAGCUUGAGGACAAUCAAAACUGCAAAACCUCUGAGCACUAACCACAGCUAAAAGCAGACAUUAGAUGUUACACACUGUACAAAAAGACACAACCAUUUUACUGUCUGACAUUAAAUCUGAAUAAAUGUUUCGUUAUUUUGGCCACUUAGGAUUACCAAAACUUUUUCUUGUUGAUAGAUUUCAGAAAAAUAAUGGAAAUAUUUCUUUUUACAACUUCCUUCUAAUUCAGACAUUUCUAUGCAUUUCCUCAGUACUUGGUAGAAUAGUUUUUUCAAAUGUAUGAGUUAUGUAAUAUUGGGCAUCCUUCCACAAGCUUCUCAUCAAAGUUUACCAGAAUUUUAUUUGGAUUUUUUUAUUUUUUUUUUUGUGCUGGAACAAUUUUGAUUUAGACAUUUUUUAAAUAAAUUCCUUACAUUAUUGUGCUUUUAAACAAUUUGCAAAAUUCCAUGGCAUUGUAACUUACUUAUGUAACAUCACAUGAAAAUCUAAGUAGGAAGAGAAUUGUGGACCAAUUUCACAAUUCUGGAGAUUGUUCACAAUUUGGGAACAAUCUCCAGAUGCAUGAGCGUGCCACAUUCAAAUGUUAAAAUAAUUAUAUGUAAGCAUAAACACUACAUUUGACCAGCUGUCUGGUCAAAGCAGUGAGAGGGAAGACAGGCCUGAAAUGCCAGCAAGCUUGUGGAAGGCCUAAACCGAUCCAACUCAUACAGUUAAGAAAAUUAUAUAAAAGUAAACAUGUAAAUGGCUGAAUUUGAAGAAAGUUACAGAAUAAUCUCUGACUCAUUAUUCUGGCAUUUAGAAAUAGUUAAUAAUGUUAGUAAUCCUAAUUAUCUUUUGGUAAACAUUUUGGUUUAGCUGUAAAGAACUGCUGUUAACUGGAUGUAAGAAUCAUAAAUAUUACUCAAUGCAUAGUUGUGACAAUUGUGGUGGACAUUUGUUUAUCAAAAUGUGACUUUGUGAUAUUUAGCUUAAUAUUUACACCUUUGAACACUAAUGUAUGCUUUAGUUGAUACAUUUCUGCUUCUAUCUCAAUAUGCUUUUACUUUCAUUCUGUUUCAACAAGAUUUUUUUUUGCUUCUAUUUUUAUGCCACUUUGAAAAUAUUCAAUAAAAUCAGCAUCUAUUCUUCUAAUA